ACUCACACACACAGGCGAGUGGGAGGAAGCCAACUUGGAAACACCGCGGAGCCGAACUCUCUCUUGUUGAAGACUGAGCUGUGGUCCGGCGGUCGGCGGCUGCGGAGGGAGGCAGACAGCGGGUACGCACACCGGGUAGUAAUGAACCGAGUGGCUUAUAUAGCCACACAUCCACCCUCCGUCCCGUAACCAACCCUGGAAGUUUAACUUGAAACUUUCGGCGGGGCUCCUCAUUCUAAACUCGUCCGAAGUCGUUUGUCUGGCUGGCCUGUAAACCGAAGCGUCCGUCCCCACAUGUCUCUGCCUUGUUCCUGCUAGUUUCCAAAACAACAAGGUGAGCGGGCCGUCCGGCUUCCCCGGGGACCUGCGCAGUCGCCAGAGAACAGCGCCGGGGAGCCGCGGAGCACCAGGACGGCCAUGGAUCUACCAGGACGGGGCGAGAGCCGGCGGAGGGAAGGCAGCAGAAACCCCGCGGUGAUUAACAGGAGGAAACCACCGGCGGAGAAGCUGUACGUCGUCGGUAUUCUCUUCCUACAAGUUCUGUCCAUCCAGGCUGCUGCCAUCCAGUUCACCAAGGAGCCCAAGUCCCAGGAUGCCAUGCACGGCCGCAGCGCCAUGAUACGGUGCGAGGUCAGCGAUCCGGCUGACAUCAGUUACGGCUGGCUUCACAACGGCCAGCCCCUGGAAAACAGCGAGAGGCGCUUCCAGGAGGGCAGCAACCUCAAGUUCACCGCUGUGGAUCGGCAGCUGGACGCAGGGAACUUUGAGUGCGUCGCACAAAACACACUCACAGGAGAGACGCUCCACUCCACCAAUGCCUCCUUCAAUAUUAAGUGGUUAGAAAGUGGUGGUGUGACUUUAAAGGAGCCCGCCUCAGAAGGGGAGAUCGAGAGCUCUGCGCUGGUCACGUUGCGCUGUCAUAUUGAUGGACACCCACGGCCGACAUGCCACUGGUUCAAGGAUGGGGUGAAGCUGACAGAGAAGAGCCAUCAGAUCAACAACAAGGAGAGGACGCUCACCUUUAACAGUGCCAGUCUGGACGACAAUGGCCUGUACCACUGCUGUGCCAAGAAUCCAGUGGGGGAUAUUUGCAGCAACAGCAACUUCACCCUCAACGUUAUAGAUAAGAGUUUGCCGCGCCCGGUGGUCACUCCUGAGGACCAGGUGGUGUUGAGGAACGAGGAGGCCGCGUUCCACUGCCAGUUCACCGCAGAGCCGGCCCCCACGUUGGAGUGGUACCACGAAAACGAGCUGCUGGUGAACAAGUCUCGUCUGUUCCUGUUAUCUAACGGCACGCUGCUGAUCACCCAGGUCAAGCACAAGAACACAGGGACCUACAAGUGUGUUGGCCGCGGCCUCCGAGGGUCCCAUGUUACACUGGAGGCCUCCCUCCUCAUAGCUGAGAUAGACGACAUGGUGCCCAAGAUGUCGAAGGUGUUCACCUCAGACUCCCUGCAGCGGGUGGCCUGUCGUCCCCCACGCGGCAGACCCGAGCCCGAGGUCUGGUGGGAGAGAGAAGGUCAGCGGGUGCCCACGGAGGGCAGAGUGUACCAGGACGGCCUGGAUCUGGUCUUCAGUCCCACAGAGGAAGGAGACUCGGGCACCUACACCUGCGUGGCCCAGAACAGGGCUGGACGCAAGACACAGGAGGUCACCUUCACUGUUGCCACUGCCCCAGUUUGGGUGACGAGGCCUCAGGACAGCAACCUAGAGGAGGGUAAACCAGGUUACCUUCACUGUCACGCUCAGGCCAACCCUGAACCUGAGGUCACCUGGCUCCGCAACAACAACCUGGUCACACCAGAGGACUCUCGUUUUAAGAUCUUUCCUAACGGCACCCUCAGGAUCAACAAUGUGGAGGUGUACGACAGCCAGAUGUACGGCUGUGAAACCAAGACCGUAGGCGGCCGACUGUCUGGGCAAGCCCGAGUUAUUGUGCUUGAGAAGCUGAAGUUCACCCCGACCCCCCAGCCUUCUCAGUGCCUGGAGCUGGAUAACGAGAUCACCAUCCAGUGCUCAGCUAAAGGCAGAGAGAGCCCAACCAUCCGCUGGACCAGAGCAGACGGAGGAGAGCUGCCGCCUCGGGUGGAGCAGAAGAACGGCCAGCUCCACUUCAGCAAAGUCACCCGAAGCGACGCAAACAACUACACCUGCAUUGCCUCCAACAGCCUCCAGGGGGAGAUCAGAGCCCUGGUAGCCCUGAUAGUGGCCGUGUACGUUCGCUUUAAGGUGGAACCAGAGGAUACAACGGUGUACCAAGGUCACACAGCCGUCCUCCACUGUCAGGCCACCGGCGACCCCGAGCCUCACAUCCACUGGAUGGUAAAAGACAAGGCGCUGGACAUCAGUAAGAACAGGAGGUUCCAGAAGAUGCCCAAUGGCUCCUUGGUGAUUACAGAUGUUACUACAGAUGACACGGGCAGAUACACGUGUGUGGCCGGAAACAGUUGUAGCAUCAAAGACCGUGUGGCUCAGCUGUAUGUAGUGGAGAAACCGAUCCAUUACUUUGACGAAGAUGGGGACAAGGCUCCCUACAAGAUGAUCCAAACCAUCGGUCUGUCAGUGGGAGCAGCCGUGGCUUAUAUCAUCGUAGUGCUGGGACUCAUGUUCUACUGCAAAAAGAGACGCCACAACAAAAGACUGCAGAAAGGCCAGGACGGAGAGGAGCCCGAGAUGGAGUGUCUCAACGGCGGGGCUGUUCAACAAAAUGGCCACACCACCGCUGAGAUCCAGGAAGAGGUGGCACUCACCAACAUGGGUACCACGGCAACAACCGAGAAACGCCACAGCCACGUCAACAACGAUAAGCUCCACUUUCCUCGAGCAAACCUACAAACCAUUACUACUUUAGGCAAAGGGGAGUUUGGUGAGGUGCUGCUCUGCAAAGCCAAGGGUAUCGAGGAGAGCGCGGAGGAGAUGGUGGUGCUGGUGAAGAGCCUGCAGACCAGAGAUGAACAGCUCCAGCUCGACUUCCGUCGUGAAGCUGAAAUGUUCGCCAAGCUCAGCCACCCCAACCUUGUGCGCCUGUUGGGCCUGUGUAGGGAGGCAGAGCCCCACUACAUGAUCCUCGAGUACUAUGACCUGGGAGACCUGAAGCAGUUCCUGAGAAUUUCCAAAAGCAAAGAUGACAAGGUCAAAUCUCAGCCUAUCAGCACCAAGACCAAAGUUUCCAUCUGUGCCCAGGUGGCUCAUGGGAUGGAGCACCUGUCCAAUCACCGCUUUGUUCACAAAGACCUGGCCGCCCGAAACUGCCUGAUCAACAGUCAGAGGCGCGUUAAAGUGUCGUCGCUCAGCCUCAGCAAGGACGUCUACAACAGUGAGUACUACCACUACAGACAGGCCUGGAUCCCGCUGCGCUGGCUCCCAGCAGAGUCUGUGUUUGAAGACGACCAGUCCACCAAGUCUGACGUGUGGGCCUUUGGAGUGUUGAUGUGGGAAGUGUUCAGUCACGGGGAAAUGCCAUAUACCAAACUCAGUGAUGAUGAGGUGCUGGAAGGUCUGCAGACAGGGAAGCUGAAGCUGCCCGUUCCAGACGGAUGCCCCACCAAAAUCUACAAGCUCAUGGUCCGCUGCUGGGCACUAAGCCUCAAAGAGCGCCCCUCCUUCACUGAAAUCGUCCACACCCUGGGAGAGCUGCCCUCUGACAGUAAAGUCUGAGACGACCAUAACCCCACAUCAGAGGGGAACUUGGACCAACCCCCUCCCCCCAAAACAAAGACAGGAAUGCUGGAUUAUUAGUCUCACACAUUUCAGGGAAGAGGGUUGAGGAGAAAACACUUUUUAUAUGCAUUUCAAACAGUGGGUGUGUGGAUAAGACUCCUUUUGCUAUAUCAGUGGAAAUGCAAUCAACGUUUGUAUAAAUUGCUUCUUGUGAGCAGUCCCCGGGGUUUACGUUUGCCUUAACCGCAGCAUGGAUGACCCUCCCCUCGAGUCCCUGUCUGUGGUUCCACUGUGACUCUGCCUGCUCUGUCCCAGAGACACUUUGUUUUCACGGAGUCUCACAACCUCAGUGCCUCUACCCCUCCACAAACACACUCGCCCUAACCUCCGACUGCUUUGUAGUAUGUUACAGUGCUCUCACUGGCUCAGAUCAAUAGGAAGGAUUGGUCGGAAGCUUAGGAAAACCCCCUGAAAUUUAGGUCCACUGCUCUGUCAAGUCUGAAAGAAUAUUGAAGGGAAAGUGGGACACAAUGUGACUUCAGUGAAGCAUUGAAGCUUCAACCACUUUGGAGUGUGUUGAGUGACACCGUUUCAACUGGCCUGCUUGGAUUGAAAAUCCAAUCGGCUGCAUCAUGGGUCCGCCACCUGAAUCGUGUUGGAGACGCCUAGCUACACACCGUCAUCCUCCAAAGUGUGUUUGUGUGUGUGCACGUGCCACUGAACUGUUCCCAGGCUACAGUGUACAUUCAAAGAAGAAGUGGAAUAGGAUUUGCAUGAAGGUUCAUCGUUCGUUAUGCUCGUGAUUUGCGUUUUGAGAAAACUUGUGGAAUAAGCGAUCGGUGUUAUGGUAACUCUUCAGGAACAUGAAAAAAAAAAAGAUCAUAGCCAAUGAAAUAUAUAGAAUAGAUGAGAUUGCGCCAGUGUGGGCUUUGUACGUUUUUAUGAGUGUGUUCUGUUCUUGUAUUAACCUUGAGGUGCUUUUUAUCGGUCACGACCAAUGGGUAAAGAACCCUCAUUAUUACCACGUCAACAUGAUCAUGUUGCAGGCAUGCUGCAGCCUAUCGCUGUGUUUAACCUCCAACAUCAUUUCUUCAGAGGUCCAAUCACAGUCUCCCCUUCCAGGUCCAAUUGUUUUGUGUAAUGCUGCAAAGUGGACCAUCACAGCAGGCAAUGUGUAAAUAAUGUAGAAGCCAUGCACUAACUUCACUUAAAAAGAAUAUCCCUCUUUAUCUCUAUCAUGUUGUGUAGUAGGACAUGCAGGUGCCUGUUUAUUUAUGAUGAAGGUCCUGUAUUUUUUUUAAAAACUAUGUUUAUAACAGUACGGUACUUCUCUGAUGCUAUGUUUUCAUUCUCACGGUGUGAGAAUCCCAACAUCUCAGUGUGCGUUCAGUCUGGUAACCCGCUGAGUGUGCUAACAAAGUACAAAGGAGGUCAAAAGAGUGGCCGCUGGUCACCAGUACUCGUUUAAGUGCCUGGUAAAUGAAGGAUUAUCUUAACUGUUUUCCCUCUCUCUCUUUUUUUUUUUUUGACAUUAUCUAAUCAAAUGCAAUGGCCUUUGUUUAUGAACUUGUUUUUAUACGUUGUUUUUAGUGUAAUGUUGUUUUUAUGAAUGCUAGGCACUCACACCUAGACCUCCUUUUUUUAAUCUGCUUCAGCAAGUGUUCACAGUAAUCACAGAUAUAUACAAAAGUAUACAUGCUGCUGUCAAUAAAAGGUUCACAGUGUUUUUACCCAA